AAGUCCGAGGGAACGGAAGGGGGAAAAAAAGAUCGAAGAAAGAACGGCAAAGAAGAACUCUCACAAGGCAGCGGUAACUGCCGUUUGAUCGCUUUUGGCUGCAAAGGAAGAAAGGGAGGAUUAUUGGGGAAUACAUACAUGUUCCAGCGAUGAGCAGCUAUGACCCGCCACCAUAACAUUGCCUUCCGUCUUCCUCCUGAUGGCGAUGUCCAUUUUAGCACUGGCACUGGCCGUACUGCUGCUGCUGCUGUCGCUGCUGCAGGCGAAGCCAGUACUGCGGCUUCUGGAGGAGCCCCGUUUCCUGGCCGUGGCCGGAGAGAACCAGACGAUGCAGAUUGCGGGCGGGGAUCCGUCCCGGUUCCUGACCAUCGUUCUUUUCCUGACCGACGCCGUCCACGUCACUCUGCUGUCCCUUUCCACAGAGUCCUCCAGCACGGCUAUCGCGACGAAACAGAAACAACACAGCAGCAGAAGAAGAAGCAUCCUCUAUUGUCCCACAAACUCGUGGCGCUCGUCCCCCAUGACACCCUGCCACUGAGUCCCAGUAGAAAUAUCCCACCACGUCUCUUCGGCGCCGCCGGGAGAAGUGGCAUCAACAACAACCGCCAGGAAAUCCUCCCGCCAUCGAAUCCCGAGAUUGAUCCACCAACUUUAUCCUCCCUCACGUCUGUGAGCGAGUCCGACGAUUCGGAACGACUCCGGAAACUCCUCCGCACCCGCCAUCCGCUAUUUCGCAGCCGACCCGCCGUUCUCGCAGGCGUUGAAGUAGAAAACCUCGCUUCUUCGAAAGGGGACGCCUUUCGCGAUCAGCAGAGGCUCGCCGCAACGGCCCAUCGGAGCCGAUCCGUCGUCGCCCCAUCCUCCUACUCCUCCUCCGUCACCGCCUCCGAAAUGAUACGAAAACGAGUAGCGACUGGGGAGGAGUUGUUUGUCACGCCCGCGGAUCCCACCUCACCGGCGUUCGAAACGGAAAGGCCGAACAGCGCCGGCGGCAUGGCGGGCAUAAACGGGUUCCGCGACUUCGCACCGCGCCCACGGAACGAGUAUGUCCCGCCGAAGGCUCCUGACGAUAGCGCUCGGAGGGAGAGGGAGCGGGAAAGGGAGCGUCUGCGAGAGGAGGCGGAACUGGCCGAAAAGUUACGAAAAAAGGAACUUAAGGGUCGAACCAGCAAAGCGAAUCGGGAAUUCUUCGGGCGAAAAGCAUCGACACCGGGCAAGGACAAGCACGGCGAUGGCGAAUGGGCUUCCCCGAGUCCCGAUGGCAGGGCGUCGGAAGAGGCCCGGAGACCAGGAGGUGUCAAAUCAACCCUGCCUCGCCGGACAUCCAGCUUGAGUUUGAAAUCCAACAGGGAGGGCGAGCCUCUUUUCCAUGGCGUGCAAAAGCGAACUGACGGACGCUCGACUCGCUCCCCCGCCAGUACUCGAGACGCUCGUGAUGCAAUCCGGGAACCGCGGCCGACGUCAGCGGCGUCGGCAGCGUCGGCAACGUCGGCAACCAGCGCGUCGAGUGUCGAGCGCGAGCGACGAAGGACUCUCACAUCACCCGGCAUCCCCAAACACUCGAGGAUCCCAGCUUCUGCAAGCCCGUCGGUAUCGCGACCGGGCUCGCAACAAGACCGUCGCACGGCUUCCACGAUCUCGUCCGCCACCGAACGGCGACCACUGCGCAACCCUCCCUCUUCGGGCUCGUCCGUCAGCCGCUCAUCCGAGUCCUCAUCGCAACGCGGCGGUUCCCAACACGGUCGCAGCGAAAGCCAUCCCAACCCCUCGCUACACGUCGAAAAGAGAGCGAUCCCGAAGCCGUCGCCCGUGGGCGGGAGAGGAUCACAUGCCUCCCACAUGAGGAGAUCCGAAAGCGUUCCGUCGACAUCGUUUUCGAUGCCGAUGCCAGGGUCGAAUGGUUUCAGCCGCACACCGAGCCUCAAGACGGACAAGUCGAGCGAGGGUUCGGAGAAAGCAGGUGACGUCGAUGUCACGCCCUCGGAGCUAGGCGACGACGACGAUGACGAUGACGACCGUCCCGAUAUGGACUCACCCUCGGUGCGCAAGAUGCGUGGCAACUCGAUCGAUUCCUUCCUUGGACUCGAUUCCAAACAGACCACAGCAGCAAACACGGCCGCUAUACUCGAUACGCUUUCACCAAUCGACACCAACGCAAUGCCCGUGUCCAAUUCGGACGACAGCAAACUCGAGGAGCCGAUUUUGAGCCCCACUUUGAGUGACUACGGACUCGCAAGCUCCGGUUCCUCCGAGUCUCCGCUCUACGAUCGCUCGACCGGAAAACCGAAGACAUUCCCGAAACCCAAGAGUGCGCUUGAAGACGACGACGACGACCUGACCCCUCUCGAGGAAUUGCAACGGAAGGACCGCGAAUACCAAGAACUCCUCAAUCCAUCAAAGAACGACGAUGAAGAAGAUACCUACCAGCUGCUUGGCGGCAGCAGGCAGUACGAGCCCAUCACGAACCGGCCCGUCCGACCCAAGGCGGAAGCGGCAGCUGGCGACAGGAAGAGAGAUCGGGAAAAGAACGCGCACGAGCAGCUCAUGAACCGAUUGAAGACUCUCCACAUGGAGCUCAGGAGCGCACGCAGGGGCAUCGACUACAUCGAGCGGCGGUUGAACGGUGUCGGAUCGAGCGACGAGGGCGAGUGGGUGGACGAUGAGGACGAACCGUCAGAGGGCAUUGUAACUCGCAUCAAGGCUGAAGAGCUCAGACAACGCCAACGAUUGAGAGCCGAGCAAGCUGAAGCUGCUGCUGCUGCUGCUGCCGCCGCUGUCGAACCGGAAGUGCUGCGUCCCUAUGAGCCGUCGACGGUCGUGAAGGUGGGAACAGUGGGGUGCCAGCUCGCCCUGCUGUGGUUUUUGCUGGAGAUCUAUUUCUUGUAAGUUGACAGCUAGUCAGCUACAAAGCCUUCCCGCCGUCGAUAUCGUCUACGCCCGUAUACUCCGCCUCCAUCCCGACCUUUGGCUCGCAGGUCGUCCACACCGUGACCGACAGCUUCGUCUCUCUGUUCCGGGGAGUUUUUGUCGGCUCCUUCGGCGCCAUCUUCACGAUCCUGAGCUUCUUCGCGGCCGUCAUCGCCAAAUUCACUGGCCUCUUCGGCGCAGUACCCUCGAUGUGGCCUGCCCGAUCAUCUUCCACUGCC